AUGGCCAUCGCCGGAGGCGUCAACCUGCUGCUGACGCUAGCACUACAUGUCGAGUUCAGCCGUCUUGGUGCCAUGUCGCGUGAUGGCCGAUGCAGGGCUUUCGCAUCCGAUACAGAAGGGACUGGCUGGGGAGAAGGCUGCGCUGCCGUGAUUCUCAAGCGCCUCUCCGACGCUGAGCGUGACGGCGAUGAGAUACUCGCUACCUUGCGUGGAAAUGCCGUCAAUCACGAUGGACACAGCUCCAACCUUACCGCUCCAAGUGGUUCAGCACAGAGGCGUCUUAUCGCGGCUCUUGCCUCAUCAGGAUUACGGCCAAAUGGCAUCGACUACAUCGAGGCUCAUGGCACGGGCACCAGACUAGGUGACUCUAUCGAGGCCACAGCCCUGGCGGAGGGUUUUGGUGGCAGUCGCGCACAGGACACUCCUUUAUGGGUGGGGUCGGCCAAGUCCAAUGUCGGCCACACUCAAGCGGCUGCUGGUAUGGUGGGAUUGCUGAAGGUCAUAUUGGCUAUGCAACAUGAAAUUUUGCCCCAGAGUCUUCAUGUUGACCAGCCGACCGCCACAGUAGAUUGGGAGAGCGCCGGCAUGGCUGUGGUACAAACCCAGCAGCCAUGGGGGUCAACAAAAAUCCGGCCACGGCGAGCCGGUGUCAGCGCCUUCGGUGUGAGUGGUACUAAUUCUCACAUCAUUGUGGAAGAAGCACCAAGGUCAGCCGGCGUAAACAUGCCGCAGGAACCUAUCUCAGCUGCGUUGCCAAGCUCGCUUCCCGUGUUAAUAUCCGGCCACAGCAAGGCUGCCCUACGCCAACAAGCUCGGAGACUUCGCUCGUAUCUUAGAAGCAGAAAUGCGAGAGCUCUGCGCCUCGCUGAUGUUGCAUUCUCGUUAGCAACCAGUCGCAACCACCAUAGCCUAAGGCUGGCGUUCAUGGUGGGGAGCUUGGCACAGCUUGACGAGAAGUUGUCGCUCGAACUGGCGGCCCAAGAAGCACCGGCUAGCUUUAGCUAUGAGGCCGUUACUCCUUGCAUCGCCAUGCUCUUCACUGGCCAGGGCGGUCGUCUUCUGCAAAUGGGGAAAGAGCUUGCUUAUUAUCAUCCUGUCUUCAGAGCAGCCGUAGACGAGGUCGCAGGACACUUCGAAGGUCGACUCCAGGAUGUAAUAUGGGCCGACCCAGACAGCGAGAGUGCUGCAUUACUGCGGCGCACCGACUAUGCCCAGCCAGCCUUGUUUUCGAUCCAGGUUGCGCUAUGGCGAUUGUGGAACAGCUGGGGUGUGCAGCCACAGUUUGUGUUAGGUCACAGCGCAGGCGAGCUGGCUGCGGCACAUGUUGCUGGCAUCAUGGAUCUUCCUGAUGCUUGUCGACUGGUGACGGCACGCAGUCGGCUCAUGCAAGCUGUAAAUCGCACAGGUAGGAUGGCGGCUUUGAAGGUUGGCCCUUCAGAGACUGGGGAGGCAAUCGUGGAGCCAGAUAUUGGACACAGAGUGAGCAUUGCGGCCUACAACAGCCCGGAAGAGACCGUCGUUUCUGGGGACAUGGACGCAGUCGAGGCUUUAUGCGGUUAUGCGUCGAGGCAAGGCCAUGGUUCCAAGGUGCUUGAGGCCUCUCAUGCGUUCCACUCCCACCACAUGGAUGGCAUGCUUGCAGACUCGCAGGUAGUUGCUGAGGCGCUGCAUUUUCGUCCUCCGAAAGUGGCCGUGGUCAGUACGCUGACGGGCAAGUUGGCGGAGCCCGGCCACCUCGAGCAAGCGGCGUAUUGGGUACGACAGGUCCGGGAAGCAGUCUGCUUCAGUGAUGGAAUUAGAGAAUUGUCUGACCACGGUGCAAACACCUUCAUCGAGCUGGGUCCUUCUCCCACCUUGUGUGGCAUGGGAGCGGCGUGCCUCUCCAGCGAAACUAUGCGUGGGGAUACCUGA